AUGCCCGAAGCAAGAAUAUUACCCUUCUACUCCCUCCGCAUCCCCACAUAUCCAGAACAUGCCCUUCAUCUCGAUGACUCUCCCCUUCAAAUCAUCUCCCAUCGCCCUGAUCCCGGGGAAAUAAUAAACUCCGCCACACCACCGGAAGGCUUUACUCCCGCCAUCGCCAUCGCGACGAUUCUCUACAACUGGCAUCCAGAUGCAUUGCUCGCGUUUCUGGAUACGAGGACUUGGGUGACUUUUACCUGGAACUUGAGGUUGGGAGAUGGGCGGCAGAUUGAAAUUGGACGGGUCAGGGGGAGGGUCAUGGUGGGGGAGUUGGAUGUGAAGGAGGAGUGGACUUGGGCUACGGCGUGGGAUAUGACGAAGUCUGGGAAGGAGGAGGACGAGGUUGAUGAGGAUGGAUGGUUCGAGGGAAAGUGGGUGGUUGAUUGUCGGGACUCAUUUCUGAAUGCAGUAUCUGCACAGGGCAAGACUCUAGAGGAAGUGAAUUCACACGCUCGUCGUGAGCUAUGGGACUGGAUCCUUGCCUCGCGCUGGGAAACCGGGAAAAAGUUACGCCACGAUCUCUUCGUCGAGUCCGCCGCGCUGGGCGUCGACGCGUGGAGUGAUGGACUGCAAAUUUCGCCGCAUUGGUUAUAUCGGGCGAUGGAUCUCGGGCGAUGUACGUUUUGUGGGAGGGAGGGAGGUGAAGGAUUGAAAAAGUGUAGAAAGUGUGGGACGGCGACGUAUUGUGGAGUGGAGUGUCAGAGGGGGGAUUGGAAGGUUCAUAAGGGGGUUUGUGGGAUGGAGUUGGAGGAGAGGGGGAAGGGGUUGUUUUAUUCGAGGGGGGAGGGAGGGUUGGCGGGUGCGAGGGCGAGGACGCCGGGAGUGGAGGAUGGGAAGGAGGAGGAUGACGAAGAUGAUGAGGAUGACGAGGAGGAGGAUGACGAGGAGGAGGAUGACGAGGAGGACGAAGGUCCCGGUUGGGUGAUCGAGGGCGGAUCAAGGUCUGUUGCAGAGUUGAGGAAAAUGCCGGCGAAGUUGUCCGAAAAAGAAGUCAAGGAGACGGUGGACAUGAUGGAGCAGAUGAUGCGAGAAGCGUCGCGACGAUGA